UACGAUUUCAGAACCCCAACGUUAAAAUCGCCUUCUCUCUCUCCUCCUCUGGCUGCCUAUAUAAACUUUACGUUCCCGGCGAUUUCACGUAAACUCAUCUAAACAAAAUACACAAACCAAAAAAAAAAAGGGCAAAAGCUUGAAAAAGAUUACAAGAAUAUGAAACCCAUUUGCUCUCUCCCUCUCUGAUAUAAUUUUCCUAUUAAUUGUUGUUGAUCAAUUGAGCAAAGUGAAAGAAAGGUUAAAGAACGGAGCUUUGAGUCUUAGCUAUUUGAAUUGUCUUCAGACUUUUAAUGGCGAUGGGACCAGAAAGAUCAAAGCCUUUACAUAAUUUCACCUUACCAUGUGGGCUUAAGUGGGGGAACCAGAAGUUCUUGAGGUGCGCUAAGGUAGAUUCCGACGGAGAAAUCUCUACCGUUAAUCGCAGGUCAUAUGAGAAAGAAUCGAUCGGACGUCGGAGGGAAUCGGAGGCGGCGGAACGGCACCGGUUAAAUGAUCGAUUCACUCGAAAAUUCAGGUCGGUAAAUGCCGGCGAUAGUGGAGAGGGAAUCGGAGCUAUGAGAGAGAAGCUUAUGUUUGAUCUUCAAACAGAAGCUGACAAGAUGAAAGACGCGAUUUUCAAAGAAGGUUUGGAUGAGCAACCGGAGAAGGAAGUAUCGCCGGCGCCGGCGAAAACUGUGACGGCGGGUGCAGCUGAUGUCGUCGACUUAUCCAGGCCGUGGAACUUAAGGACUCGCCGAGCGGCUUCUAAAGAACCUAACGGAUUCAUUACCGGCGCCGUCGCCGGUUCCGGUGGAUCGAAAGGAGGGUUGAAGAUUGAGGUUAACAGAACUAAUGCUUCGUCGCCGUUAAGGACGGAGAACAAAUCUCCGAUACCUCGAAGUGGUUUUGCCGGUGGAGCGACGGUCGGAGCUUCUACCAGCGGCGAAAAGAGAGAGAGGGUGAAGUUCUCGGUUCCCCUUUCGCGAAAGGAGAUCGAGGAAGAUUUCAUGGAUAUGGUGGGACAUAGACCCCCUCGUAGACCCAAGAAACGAGCUAAAUUUGUUCAAAAGAAUUUGGACACGUUAUUUCCAGGGUUGUGGUUGACGGAAAUUACAGCUGAUUUAUACAAAGUGCCUGAUGAUCAGUAGAUUAAAAAGGUAAAGAUUCAUCAUUUUGUUCUUUGAAGACUAGUCGGGAUUCAGAUUUGUAUAUCAAGAUUCAAGAAUGAUUUCUACAGAUGGAAGUGUGUUUUGCAUCAAAAGAUGGUAACUUUGUGAUAGAUCAACUAGCUCGUAUAGAAUAUAGAACACAACCUGAAUUUGGGAAUUCGAUGAAAUCGUUGAAUUUCCUCAGACAACAAAAUUGGUGUUUGAAAAAAAAGCAGAACAUUUAGCUGCUCUGGGGAUGCAAUUUUGUUUAAUUGAUUCAAUUUGUUCAUAAUCUUCUUUGUUAAUGCUCAUUGGAUAAGUAUAAUAUAGUACUGAUGUUGUCAAUUGUUCACAAUGUUAUUGUUUCCAAAUGCAUUCAUUACUUACUG